CGCGGCCGGGCCUGGUCGGGAGCUGCCGCCACCGCCGGGACGGAGGGGUCGCGCCUCAGCGCCCGGGCUGCGGGAGGAGCGGUGUCCCAGCGCCCCGGAGCGGGCGCCGGGGCGGGGGAGGGCAGAGCCGCGCCGAGCCCGGUGUCUCCUCGGCCUCUCCCAUUGCGUUUCGCCGCCUCUUUGCUGCGGGAGCAUCGGCCUGGUUCCUCGUGAGGGAAGAAGCAGGACGGGGGUGGAUGGUGGCUCCUGCGGACAAGGGCUUGUUAUCCAAAAAGUUGCUCGUUGUAAGUAACUUUGGGUCUGUGCUGAGUUUCCUUAAAGGACACGUUUAAACACGCCUUUGUUUUGCUGAUAAUGGAUGAAGAGAGUCUGGAAGCAGCGAUUCAGACCUACAAUGCCCAACUGCAGCAAGUGGAGCUGGCGCUGGGGGCAGGCCUGGACCCAUCCCAGCAGUCGGACUUGAUUCAGUUGCAGGAGGACUUAAAGCAGCUGAUAGAACUGACUGAAUCCAGCCUGGUGUCUGUCAAAAAGAGCAAGCUUCUGGCUACUCUAGAUACAAACGCUGCCUCCUCCUCCACCCCAGGAGGUCUCCUGGAGCAGGGCACCAACCCAGACACGUCUGCCCAAGACGAGGAAUAUGCUGCUUUUAAAGAAGCCAUCGCUGAGCUUGGAACUGAUGAGACCCCUUCAGUUGAUAACAGCGAGAUGUCAUCAAAGAGGGAUGAGGAAACUGAUGACCAAAACGAAUCAAAGCACAGUGAAGAGGAGAAGGAGUCUGACAGAGAGGAAGAGGAGGAGGAGGAGCUGAGUGGGAUGAAGGUUAAAGCCCCCUACUACAGUUCUUGGGGGACCCUGGAGUACCACAAUGCCAUGAUUGUGGGGACAGAGGACUUGGAAGACGGCAGUGCAGGGGUGCGAGUGCUCUACCUGUACCCGACCCACAAGUCUCUGAAGCCCUGUCCCUUCUUCCUGGAUGACAAGUGCAGAUUCAAAGAGAACUGUCGGUUUUCCCAUGGUCAGGUCGUGUCUGUGGAAGAGCUUCAGCCAUUCCAGGAGCCCAACCUGAGCACCCUGGAGGUGGGCUCAUCCUGCCUGGCGAAGCACAGCGAUGGGAUAUGGUACACAGCAAAGAUAACUGACAUUGACAGUGGUUACUACACGGUGAAGUUUGAUUCUCUGCUGCUCAAGGAAGCUGUUGUGGAAGGAGACAGUGUCAUUCCCCCGCUGCGAAGCGAAGAGGCUGCUGAGGCUGCUGAGUCUGAUGAAGACAGUGUUGAUGAUUCUGGUUAUGCUAAAGUGAUAGAUUCAGGAGUUCCAGAGAAUGGGGAAUGGUCUCCUGCGUGCAGCUCCUCCUUCGGUGGCUGGGAAGCUCAUACUCGUGGUAUCGGCUCCAAACUGCUUGUUCAGAUGGGAUAUGAGUUUGGAAAAGGGUUAGGGAAGAACUCCCAGGGCCGAGUGGAGCCAGUGCAGGCUGUGGUACUGCCUCGAGGGAAGUCCCUUGACCAGUGUGCUGAGGUGCUCCAGAGGAGGAAACAGGGGAAGCUGGAUCCAGGCAAAUCCAGGAAGUGCCGAGCAAAGGGAAGCAGCCGGAAGCCUUCCCACAACGUGUUUGACUUUCUGAAUGAGAAGCUGCGAGGGAAGAGCUCUGGGGAGAAGGCUGGAGGGAUGGCACCACCCAGGAGGAACAGCAAAGAGAUCUACCACGCCAGCAAGAGCACCAGGAAAGAACUGAGUGUCCGCCUGCUCCAGACAGUGGAGAAGAUCGAGCAGACACAGAGGGAUAUCAUAGGAAUCCAGCAGGCCCUGGAACGCAACAUUGGACGGCACAGCGUUGCUACGGCUCAGCUGAAGGAGAAGCUGGCUAAUGCCCACAAACAGCUGGGGCAGCUGCAGGCCCAGGAAGCCAGCCUGCAGCAGGAGCAGAAGAAAGCAGACACACACAAGAAGAUGACUGAGUUCUAGUCUCUGGGAGAGGUGUUUGACUGCAGUGGUUGUCCUUCUGGUCAGCCCCAGUGCUCACAGCCUCCGAGCCUGGGUGAGCCAUCCUGCUCCUCCGGCCCUCAGGCUGGA